AUGACCGCGCUUGCAUUUUACUCUUUAAGGGCUGGAGAUGCUCUUACAGCGCCAUGGCCGCCGCCACAACACAGCCACAGCCGCCUCCCGUUUUGCGCCACCUCUUCCUCCAACUUCGAGUUCCUGGCCACCCCUCACUCCGCGAGAACCACCGGACCUACCUACCGCUACCCAUCUGUGCGCAGCUUGCAGAAAUCGAUUGACCGCUAUAAGGCAUAUACAAAGGAUAAUAAUGUUAAUAACAAGACAGUACAGCCAGAUAUACAGCAAGUCAAAGCCGAUACUGUAAGCUUGGCAAAGAAACUUGAAGCUCUUGAAGUUUCGAAGCUAAAGAUCUUGGGCGAAAAUUUAGGAGGGUGCUCUGCUGAAGAACUGAACUGUCUGGAAGUAAAUAUUGAGAAGAGUCUCCGCACCAUCAGAGGAAAGAAGACCCAGGUGCUCGAACAGCAGAUAGCUAACCUGAAAGAGAAGGAGAGGAUGCUUCUCAAAGACAACGAAGACUUGCGCGGAAAGCAGCGCGACCUUGAGGCGUCGCUGGUGGUUCCUGCCCUGAACUGCGUUACGCCCCUGCAGCCACGUGGCCAGCUGGCACCAGAGCAGGAACCGGUACCGAGCGAUGAGGACGUGGAGACGGAGCUCUACAUUGGGUUGCCCGGGGUUCGCUGCUCCAACCGGCGGUCAGGUCAAGCCAAAUAGCUAAUCAGCCGGAAGGUUGAGCCUCACACAAAUAAACUCUCUACAGAGGCAUGAAGUGGCCAAUCAGUAGUCCACCAUUUCUGUUAUUCUCUAUAUUUAAUCUAUAAUCUCUUGCAAGCUAAAUUAGCGGCUGCGACGAUGACAAACCUGCAGAGAACCUCUGACGACUGAAGGUGAAACGCCAGUACACCAAUUGUUUCUUGCGCAACGGCCGUCAAAUGGAACUAGGUGAGGCAUUCUUAUGCCAUGGGACGUAAACCUCCUGGAUGUGACGAACAUUGUCGCCUCGACCUACUGUCUCUGAGCCAUGGUUCGGAUCAGCAAAAUAAAUGUCUGCUUUGAGGCCACAUCUGUCUAUGGACUUACCGUCUGUACUUAUAAAGAUGCCUUCUUUGCCGAGUUGA